GCUGUGUGCGCGUGACACAGCCCAAUUCAGUUGUGUUUGUAUCAGCAGAAGAGAAACGCGAUAUGGGAAACUAACACAAGCCCUCGCUUGUAUGUGGGUCUCAGGUGUAUGCAACUCUUUGGAACAAUCAACACGGAAAUGAAUAAAGGCAUAUUCUAACCAAUUAAGUGUGAGCAGGAGGAUUAUCCCAAUCAGCAGCAGAUGAUGUGUAAACUUUCCAUUUUCUCUUUCGCCAAUCGAUGAUACAUGACGCAUGGCUGCAGUUAGUGUACAUGAAUCGCAGUGAAGUUGUGAAUCAUCGCUGUGUGCCCCUGAGCGCUCCAUAGCAUUGUGGAAAUUUCUGUUUUCAGUUUGUCAGUGUUGAUUCACGCGUUUUAUUGUAGGGUUUGUUUUUAUGGUCGUAUUUUGUGAAAUGUGGGUAGUUGGAGAAGAUCGAAAUGUAUGGUUGCCUUAAUUAGAAACUGCGCCUCUGUGUAUUGGUGUAGCUCUGCCCUGUUCUGUCAGUGCGAGACGAUAGCUGUCAAAAGUUGGAAAAAUAAAACGCAGGCAAACAGUGUGGAUGGUAUAACAUUUUUCCAGACAUUAAGGACCUUGGAAAUUAUAUAUCCGGUCGAUACUGACUCAUUGUCUGCAAAUACGCCGCCUCCAUUUGGUGCAAAAGUGAUAUUGUAAGGCGAAAAAGUAUUCUUACUUGCCCAGUGUGUGGAAUAAGCGAAAGUUGCUCGAACGACAGAAAGCGCACACAGUCGCACUGAUUGAAUUGCAUUGGCGAGGUGGUCAGUGGAGUGAAAAGUUGAAUUUUUGUCAAUUGCACCGAGUUUCACGGUGGAAAAAGUGGCCGACAUGGUGAAGGAAGAGAUUGUUUCCAACACAAAAACAGUGUUACAAAAUCUAAAAGCUCUACAUGUAGAGCAUCUAACGUUAAUGUCCAACCUAUUCGAGGGCAACAAGAAAGAUCCAGACAAAUCGGAAAUUGUGCAGAAGAAUAUCGAAAAUAUCGAACGUGGGCUGGGGGAAGCGCAAGCAAUUUCCGCACUGGUUUCAUAUCUUCAAAAUGUGGAAGCAGAAAAGCAAAAGCUACGUACACAAGUGAAACGGUUGUUCCAGGAAAAUGCAUGGCUGCGUGACGAACUGUCAAAUACGCAGCAGAAAUUGCAAACAUCGGAGCAAAGCGUGGCACAGCUCGAGGAGGAGAAAAAACACCUCGAGUUUAUGGUUUCGGUGAAAAAGUUUGACGAAAGUCUAGAAUCGGAAGAAUGCUUGGAAAAAUCCCGCACGGAUCUCGUGGUGGAACUGUUCCCGGAGGACGACACGAAGGAUCGCAGUAGCACAAAUCCAUCUUCUCCGAAUCAAUUGUCCACAAGCGCAAACGCUGGCUACGAGAUUCCGGCACGUUUGCGGACCUUGCACAAUCUUGUUAUACAAUAUGCAUCGCAAGGCCGAUAUGAGGUAGCGGUUCCGCUGUGCAAACAAGCCUUAGAAGAUUUGGAAAAGACCAGUGGACACGAUCACCCAGACGUUGCCACCAUGCUAAAUAUUCUUGCUCUGGUAUAUAGAGAUCAGAACAAAUACAAAGAAGCAUCGAAUUUAUUAAACGAUGCGCUUGCAAUUCGAGAGAAAACAUUGGGGGAAAACCAUCCAGCGGUAGCGGCAACCCUCAACAAUUUGGCCGUCCUCUAUGGAAAACGUGGAAAGUAUAAGGAUGCGGAACCAUUCUGCAAGCGAGCAUUGGAAAUUCGCGAAAAUGUUUUGGGCAAAAAUCAUCCGGAUGUUGCGAAGCAACUCAACAAUUUAGCUCUGUUGUGUCAGAACCAGAACAAAUACGAAGAAGUUGAGAAGUACUACCGAAGAGCUUUGGAAAUCUAUGAACUGAAGCUUGGUCCCGACGAUCCGAAUGUUGCUAAAACGAAGAACAAUCUGGCUAGCUGUUAUCUGAAGCAGGGCAAGUAUAAGGAAGCGGAAAUCCUGUACAAGCAGGUGCUGACACGAGCCCAUGAGCGGGAAUACGGUGCUAUCAACGGUGAUAAUAAACCAAUUUGGCAAGUUGCCGAGGAACGGGAGGAGAACAAGCUGAACGACAAAGGGAACACCCAAUACAGCGAGUACGGCAGAUGGCACAAAGCAGCGAAAGUGGAUUCUCCAACGGUCACGACGACAUUGAGGAAUCUAGGGGCGUUGUACAAACGCCAGGGAAAAUACGAGGCCGCCGAAACAUUGGAAGACUGCGCUAUGCGAUGCAAGAGGGAUGCUGCGGAUUCGGUGAAACAAAAUAAGGUUGCAAAAAUUCUGGGCGUUCCUGAGGACAACAGACAGCAGAAGGCACCAAAGGAAUAGGCUGACCGAAUCUGAGUUGCAAUCUAAAUUAGGCAAAGUAUAGAUAUAGAAAACCUUAUAUUUAUUUGAAUAGCUACACCGAUUUGUUUACACCAAUGAAAUAUUCUUUUUUUACAUUUAUUCAAAUUUCGAGCUGAGGCUAAAAUGCUCAUCAGUAUGGUUUUCGCAGACAAUGCUAUUGCUGUUAGAAGACUUGACGUUUCUUCGAAGCCCCUAAGAUACGUUCAAUUGUCCAUCAGAUUACAUUGUGCAGCGUGAAAAGUAGUGGCGAGGUUUCAAUCCCGGAAACCUUCGCCUGAGAUCGGAAGCUCCUGUGCGAACACUAAUGCGUCUCGCAUAUUAUAACGAUGCUUUGGAAAGUUAAAAACAAUGACAUAUAUUCUAUAUUUGAAUGAAGCUCGAAGAAUUUACCUAUUAUUAUAAACUAUAUUCUUGAUAAGCGCACUAGAUUUGCUCAACUAACAAACGCGUAACAUGGUCUAUACCAAUACAGGGCUGAGUGGAUAAAAUCAAUUUUUCUCAUGAAAUAAUGAUCAUCUCUAGAAAUACUGCGCCAAUGACAUUUCCUAUAUUUACUUUGAAUAGCUGACAUCGUUCCAUUAACGAGCAGUUUUUUUUUGUCGAAAUUUACGGAGAGAAUGAAAGAUAGAAAUUCGGAAACAAUAUGACAAAGAUUAAACCAUUAAUUUUUCGAAAUGCUUCGCUCGUGUGCAAUGUGAGGGGGAUAGAACAAAAGCAAAUAAAACACACAAAACAUGUGCUACGUUCCAAAUUCCAUUAAUUUUAAGACUUUCAGAAGUUUAUCAUCAAAGAAAAUCAAACAAUAAUAAUCAAGCAACACAGCACGCGGAAUAAUGUUUCACAUUUUCAAACCAAAUAACCAAUAGGCAGAGUUGCACAAAUGCAAGUGAAAAUCCAGCAAACAAAAACAUAGCAGAUGAUACAUUCAACGCGGGGGUAAAAUUUGAUUUGAACAGUGUUUUGAACUUGGAAAAGGAGAUAUAUUAAUAAAACAUUGCUUGAGGAUA